GCCCACGAAUAACCCUACUUCUAUCUUUGUGCAUGAGAUUAGAUUCAUAAUCAAACCAGUUUUAGAAGCAGAAUCAAAUUUUCAGAAACUUGUCUCCCAAGAUUUCUAAAAUUUCUAAAAACCUAUUUGUAAGAGUUAUUUGAAGCAUCCACAAAUACUUGGAGCAGCAACGUAACAGAAGAAGACUGGAUUAUGGCUGUUAUAACGACGACAAGGAGAGAGAAUCAGUGAGUUGCCAGGCUCCAGCACGCCUCGUGGCCUACUCGCCUCACGCCCGUCGUCGCCAGGUAGUCUGCACGGGCAGCACGGCUGCACUCCGCCCUUCGGUGGUUCGCCCUUCUCAGAGUCACAGAGGUCAUAUUCCUUAGUUACGUGUGGCUUCUCAUAUUAAUAUACAAACUUUUAAGUCGAUUUUGGUAAGAGAUUUGCUUCGAAUUAUGGAUGUGGACAAGUUUAUGAAGAAGUACGCAAAUGUUUCAAGGAAAGAAAUAGAGAAGAUUGCAGAAAACAUAGAUAUGCCAGUUUCAUGUGAAGACUUUAUUGAUGUUUUUAAAUUCCGUGUUAGUUCUCUUAAUCGUAGAAGGGAAGAGCAAAAGAAAAAUGGCAGUCCUCAAGUUCAAGUAGGGCCCUUAGUGCAGGUGAUUUCAGUGAGCAUCCUACCAACCAAAAAAUUAGAUGGGGGGAAACCAGUUUCCAUCCACGGUAGGAUUUAUGGAGAGUUUAUUGAUGUCACGGGUGAAAAAAUGAUUGUACAUGACCUUUAUAAGCGAGAUUACGACAAGGCCGAGGUUGUGGGCUCGAGUGGUAUGCUGACACUCAUCAGCCCGGAUGAUUCAUGCUAUCCAUUUGAAGCAUGCAUGCCAUUGAUGAAAACUAGGAUAGUGUUUGAACUACUAGACUUGAAUCAAAAUGUACUUGUUCAAGAGUCUUUCUAUUUAGAGAAUGAAAAUAAGGAAGACGAUUAUGAAAACGUUAUUGAGAAAUGUAUUCACAGUGACCGCGCAUCCCUAGUAUUGAAGUACAUUGCAAUUCCAUUUGGGGUUUAUGCUCGGGUAGGCAUAUCUUUUGAUCAUAAACAACAUUGUAAGAGAACAAGGGAGAGGUCCCAUUGUCUUAAGAUUAAUGGCAGAGUUGCUGCCCGUUAUAGAAACACAUAUGGGAAUUACGACUCCGAAGAGUGUGUGCUUUUCAAAAAGAACCCGCACGACUUUGAACAAGUCGAUAUGGAAGUCACGGACAGUUUACCUCUCUCAAGGUAUUGGGUAGCUUUGCCAGGAUAUUCUUCUCUUGUGUUGGAUUUGGAUUUGUCAGAAUUUGAAACGGGGCACAAGAUUCUUAAAGAAGUGGUCGAAUUGAGAGCACAAAGCUAUCUAAUGUCGGGAGACAAUUUUACUGUUGGGGAUAUUUUAGUUGAAGUUUGUGUGUCAUGGUUUUAUCUUCUGCCAGAAGGACCACAAGACGACUCUUGUUCUGAUGAUGAUGCAAUGACACUGUCCUCACCCAAUACAGUCAUAGAAGCAAGUAGCAUGUUCCAAGAUGUUAUUGAACCAUGGGAGCUCCAAUGUCAUAAGAGCAUCCCAUUCCCAUCUGCGGCAAUAGAAGUAUUUUCUGUUUUCGUUGGUCGGGAGAAGGAGAAGCUAGCACAAGUAUAUGGUUUGGUAGAGGUUUUAUGUAAUGAUAAUCAUUUAUUUUACAUCUUCAAGAGAGAUAAGAAGGAUGCCUUGAAGUUGUCAAUACACAGCAACGAAACCACCAUACCUAUUAUAGACGGCGACUCUCGACUAUAUGAGGAGUGUACUCCCCUGAGAAUGAAAUUCGAUCUCAAAUGUGUUGAUGGUCACUAUUUAGACAGCAGUGACAUAAAGGGAUACGUAGAUUGGGGGGCUGAAAUUCUUGAUUUAUCAUCAUGGCGUGACAAGCAACUUUGUUCACUUAUUCAAGGUGUCCAUGCAUUUGCAGCAGUGCAUUACAGCAUUUUCUCAGACGCAGUGCAAGUCAGUGUAAAAGUUUCUUAUUUUUCGAAGGAGUCAUCUAUGGUUGCUAGCCUUAGUCUUCCUUGGCUGUACGGUGAUCUUGUUGCUUAUUACAGUCAAUAUGAUUAUUCUUCUUGCUACAAAAAUAAGUAUUACCGGAGUGUACUUUUGGAGAAGAUGAAAGAUGAUUGCGUACGGGUAAGUGGCGAGGGGAUUAUUCCACUUUCUAGGUCUAUGAUUGUUGUUCCAUCAUCUUCCGCUCUCAUGAUUGACAUUGACUUAUCCUAUGGAAUCUCCAAUGAAAAGAUGUUGGUCUGCACUGAAAAAAUUGAAGUAGGUGUAGGUUUGAAGGUCAUUGAAACUGCUCAUUGUUUUCUCCACAUCCAGUUGGAAUGGAGUGAGGUUAAGUAAUGAUGCGAGCAUAUAUUGGGACUGUAAUUGAUGAUUACACAUUAGUUUCAAACUUUAUUUAGUAAUUUUGCUUGUUAUGCAUUAAUGCUAUGGUGGUACCAAUGACUAUUUAUGCCAGUUUGCAUGCUCUGUUAUAUUGUGUGUUUCAUGCUAAAUUGCUAACUAAUCCUUUCGAAUAAACAAUGAACC